AACGCCCUACAUCAUCUUAUCUUUGAAUUUUUGGUUUCCUUCUCACAUUUGCAAGAAAAAUACUGUAGAAGUUAAAGGCUCUCACCAUGGCAAUGACGAUGACCACUGCAAUGGCGGCAUCACCCUCCCGCCAGCUGUUUAUCAAAUCUCAACAUAGUAUCAUCAGCACUGUUCCCAAGAACGUGUUGUCCAGCCACGUGGCCAUUUACCCUGCAACAACAAUUACUAAUCAGGGAUUAUCAAACCACUGUAUAUUCUCGCAAAGAAGCCUAAGAUAUUUGGUCAAACCAAUAUGUGCAGCUGGUUCAAGUUUCGAGGCAGAUAUUGCUGAUGAUGAGUCUUUAAUAACCGUUAAAAAUGCAAAAAUAUCAGUUGAAUCCCAAGAUGCUGACAAGAUACGAGUAAGAGUAGAUGUAACAGAGGAAGACACGAAAAUAGUUUUCGAAAAAGUUUUGGCGAAUUUAGCAAAAUCAGCGCCACCUGUACCAGGAUUCCGUAGGGCAAAAGGAGGGAAAACAUCAAAGGUUCCUAGGGAUUUUAUGUUGCAGAUACUUGGUGAAGAACGAGUUACGAAAUUUGUAAUACGAGAAAUUGUUACUUCAACACUUGCUGAUUAUGUGAAGAAGGAGAAUUUAACAGUGAAGGAUAACAAGAUUAGUACUACUCAAAGUGCAGAUGAACUAAAAUCAUCGUUUGUUCCGGGAAAUGAAUUCGGAUUCAAUGCUACAUUAGAGCUUGAAAAAUCAGAAAUUGAAGCCACCACUAUAAACCCAUAGAAGACUUGUAACUUGUUCUUACUGUUUAAUUUCUUAGUAGGCGUUUGGCCAUAGAUUCCAAAUGUUUUUCACUUUAUUUGGAAUUUAUGGAGUUGGAGUUAAAGAUGGAGUUGUGUUUGGUUAUAUUUUUUUGCUAAGUAUAUUUGGAAUAAUGUUAUUUUGGAUGUACUUUUUAAAUUUGAAAUACAACAUCAAAACUGAAAAGCGAGUUAGGAAACAUGUUAUAAGUUGUUUUUCAAAUUUGAAAUAAUAGCUUCAAGUUAGAUUUGGAA